GACCACCGAUUGGUCUCGCUGGACAGAUCCUGAUGCCAAUCAAAGGGGAAGCUCCAAUAACUGCGCUCCCCCGCGAAGGCGGGGUUAACCGUGCAGAGCCGCCACAAAAGAAGCGGCCGCGGAGCCCUUGGUCCCUCGGUGUGAGUUCAGUCUUCCCGGCUCGCUUUCCCUUGAUCCAGCCGCAGCUCCACUCGCUUCCUGCUGAUAACACGCACCUGUACCGGGCCCGCCGGGAGUCUGAGCCGAGACCAUGAUGAAAUUUCGAUUCCGCCGGCCGGGUAACGACCCGCAGCGGGAGAAACUCAAAUUGGAGCUGUUCGCCUUCAAUAAGACAGUCGAACAUGGAUUUCCAAAUCAGCCUAGCUCUUUGGCACACGAUCCGAAACUCCGGCUAAUGGCUAUUGCAACCAAAUCAGGAGCUUUGAAAAUCUAUGGAGUUCCGGGCGUGGAGUUUACAGGGCUGCACAAAGAAACUGGCACAGUGACACAGAUGCACUUUCUACCUGGACAGGGCCGUCUACUGUCUCUACUAGAUGAUAAUACCAUUCACCUGUGGGAGAUUAAUCAAAAGAACAGCUAUUCUUUCCUGGAUGAAGUUCGAACUUUCAGACUUCCUGGGCGGCCAGGAUUCGAUGGCGCUAAUGUGCCUCCCAGCAUUACCAGAAUUACUGUGAUCAUGUUGAGGUCUUGCUCCAAGUUGGCAUGUUUGGGAACAGAAGGUGGAGGUGUGUACUUCCUGGAUUUACCCUCAAUGCAGCUGUUGGAUGACAGAACUCUCCUUCAGGAUGAGGUCUUGCAAGGUGUUCCAGAUGAUUACAAAUGUGGAAAAGCUCUGGGACCAGUUGAAUCUCUCCAGGAACAUCCAGCUGAUCCAGACAGGAUACUUAUUGGCUACAGCAGAGGCCUGGUGCUCCUGUGGGGGCAGAGCACCCGACAAGUAGAGAAUCUGUUUCUAAGCAACCAGCAGCUUGAAAGCCUGAGCUGGGAGCGAAGCAGCAAGACAUUUGUGAGUUCCCACAGUGACGGAAGCUACAUGGUUUGGCCAGUGAACAAUGCAAAGUCCAAGAACCAGCCUAUCACCUCUUCUAUUCCAUAUGGACCAUUCCCUUGCAAAGCCAUCAAUAAAAUUCUUUGGAGAACAUCAGAAACAGGGAGUCCAUUCAUAAUCUUCAAUGGUGGAAUGCCAAGAGCCAGUUAUGGAGACAGGCAUUGCAUUACUAUAAUGCAGGGCAAGGCCCAAGUUACUCUAGACUUCACCUCGCGUGUGAUUGACUUCUUUACAGUACAUAACAUAGACCCUGACCAAGAGUAUGACAAUCCCAGAGCCCUUCUAGUGCUGGUGGAAGAAGAGCUGGUGGCAGUGGACCUGCAGACUCCAGGCUGGCCAACCAUCACUCCACCAUACCUAGCGCCACUCCAUUCCUCGGCCAUCACUUGUUCCUAUCACAUUUCCAACAUUCCAGCCAAGCUUUGGGAGAGGAUCAUCUCUGCAGGGAAGCAGCAGAACCCUCAGCUUUCAACAGUGGAGUGGCCAAUUAAUGGUGGGAAAAAUCUGGCUCCAGAACCUGUCCACAAUGGACUUCUGCUAACUGGGCAUGAAGAUGGGACAGUACGUUUCUGGGAUGCAUCUGGGGUGUCGCUGAAACCUCUUUAUAAACUAGCCACAGCAAAUAUUUUCCAGACGGAUGCAGACCACAAUGAGGGUUUCCCACAGUGUGGGGAGGAGGAAUGGCCUCCUUUCCGCAAGGUUGGCUGUUUUGAUCCCUAUAGUGAUGAUCCGAGGUUGGGAAUUCAGAAGAUUUCAUUGUGUAAAUAUAGCAGUCGGUUGGUGGUUGCUGGUACAGCAGGACAGGUUAUUGUUAUGGAAUUUAAUGAUGAAAAGUUGGAACGAAAGAUUAGUCUCUCUACAGUUGACCUCCUUCAGGAUCGAGAAGGCUUCACAUGGAAAGGUCAUGAUCGAUUAAGCCCAAAAGGUGGUUUAAUCAGCUUUGUAGGUGGUUUCCAGCCGAGCUUCCUGGUUCAGUGUAUUCCUCCAGCAUCUGUGACAGCGGUGGCUUUGCACACUGAAUGGCAGCUUGUGGCUUUUGGCACCAGUCAUGGUUUUGGCAUCUUCGAUUACCACAGACAACAGCCAGUGUUGGCUAGGUGCACAUUGCAUCCGAAUGACUCUUUGGCAAUGGAGGGUCCAUUAUCCAGGGUGAAAUCGCUGAAGAAAUCAUUGCGUCAGUCAUUCAGAAGGAUACGGAAAAGCAGGGUUUCUGGGAAGAAGCGACCGUCUUCAAGCAGCCCCACCAGCAAGGUCCAAGAAGCAAAUGCCAAACUUGCUGAGCAGGAUGGUCCUUGCGACGUGGAGGUGACUCCAGUACAGAGACGGAUAGAGCCACGUUCUGCAGAUGACUCUUUGUCAGGUGUUGUCCGCUGCCUUUAUUUUGCUGACACGUUUUUGCGAGAUGCCACGCACCAUGGCCCUACAUUGUGGGCAGGAACAAAUGCUGGGUCUGUUUAUGCAUAUGCACUAGAGGUUCCAUCCAGAGAGAAAUGGACAGAGAGGUCCACAGAGGCUGUAUUGGGUAAAGAAAUUCAGCUGAUGCACCGAGCCCCUGUGGUGUCAAUUGCAGUCUUGGAUGGGCGAGGGAACCCACUCCCUGAGCCACUCGAAGUGUCUCGUGAUCUGGCCAAAGCCCCAGAGAUGCAGGGCAGUCAUUCUGUGCUGAUAAUCUCUGAGGAACAGUUCAAGGUGUUUACACUGCCGAGGGUGAGUGCAAAGACCAAGUUCAAGCUCACUGCCCACGAAGGCUCCAGAGUAAGGAAAUUGGGCUUGAUGAAUUUCCCCAGUGUUGCCUCGGAUGAAUAUUCAGAGAACUGCUUGGUGUGUCUAACGAACCUGGGAGACAUUCACAUCUUCACAAUCCCAGGGCUCCGGCCUCAGAUGCGCUAUGACUGCAUAAGAAAAGAAGAUAUCAGUGGUAUAGCUUCAUGUGUCUUCACAAGGACUGGCCAGGGCUUUUAUUUGAUAUCUCCAUCUGAAUUUGAGCGAUUCUCCUUGUCUACCAGGAACAUAACUGAACCGCGUUGUGUGGUGGCAUGGGAAAGUACAAGAGAGCCCCUGAGCUCAGUCUCCAGUCUAUGCAACAACUUGCAGGGAUCACCCAAAGUGAAUCGUGCCAAUGGAACGCACAAAAUUCAGAACAAGGAUGAAAGCAACUCAUUGGGAGCUACUGAUGGGGUGAUGGAGGAUUUCCCACUGGCAUUGUCUCAGACCCCACUUGACUCCCCCAUCAGUAGCACAGACAUCACUCUGGAUGCGAGUGGUGAUAUGACGGUCGAGGAUGUGAAAGACUAUUUGCCGGACUGUUAAUGGAAUGAGAUGGAGUUUCGGAUACCUUGUAAUGUGACUGGCUAGCUGUGCAGAAAAGGGAAUUUUAUCCACAUCAGUACCCAAACCUUGCAUUGGGGUGACGGGCAUCGAUUUCAGAGGUUUAAACUGUCACGGUUUCUGUGCCAAAAGACGUUUCCUUAUUAAGACCCUAAUCUGAAUCUACACGCAGCACCAGCUGCCUCUGCCUACCUUCACUCUUACCCAACACUACACAGAUAACUUUAUAAAGACUGGAUUUCAUAUGAUGAGUGAGAGGCACCUCCGAUAUUGUGGCUGAUUUUUCUUUUUCAAAAUUUGACACAUGAAGAAACAACAAAUUUGGAAACAGUUGAUCAUUAGUUUAUACUUAUCCUCACAAAAAUGCCUGUCUAAGAAUCAGCUUUAAAUGACAUCAAUCACAUUUUGUUUCCAGACUUUGAAAAGAAAUUGAAUUUCAAGGAAGUUUUUGUGACUCUCCUUGCAGCUUUUCUGUUUUAUACACGAGGUUUCAAUGAUGUGAACAUAAUAGGAAUCCUUUGGCAGAUAUUCCUGAAUAUUGUUUACCCUCCAGUAAAGGGUUGAAUAAUUACUGAAGCCUCCCUGAAGUAGCCCUGGGAGAAUAUUGGAGUUUAGUUUUCUCUGCAACAUAGUAAUAGUUGGAUUUUGAAUGGAACAGGUGACUGAACCAAUUCAGUGCAAUCUACACCAAGUUUAACUAUGCUACAUUUUAACCACUUUUUGAAAUGAUGUAUAAUUGUGUUCCUUGAUAUACAAUGUAAUUCGCCAAUGCACUUGCACGUUAAAUGGGCUUGAGGGUGUGAAUCACCUUACUGCAGCAUACAUGCAUUCUACGAUGCCAAUUUUAGAUGGCAUAAUGACCAGUUUUAAGCUGUUUUUAAUAGUCCAACUGUACAGUUUUCAAUAGCUAUAUUCCAGCAAUUUUUAUGUUCAGCUUUCAUCUGAAUGUGUCUGAGCUAGGGGGUCUUCUCUUCGCCCCUCCUCGACACAUGCACACAAAGUGGAAAUGAUCUUCCUGGGUUCUUAUUUUUCUAGUGUUGAUCAUCAAGAUGAUGGUGUGACAACCUUUUCUAAGGGCAUAAUAUGUUCAUUGCUUCUUUCACACACAGUUUCUUCUGAUGGAGGAAGAAAUCCAGAAUUGUGCUCAAAGCUUGCAAGUCUUAAAUGAUGUUUCAUCACUUUUUGCUAUUGAUGAAUCUCAUUACCCUGGAUAUCGUGUCCAACAGUGCAGUGUGCUUCCAACAGUGUUACAUUGGUCACUCCUCUUGAAUAGAACGGUACUGCACUGGUGUGAUUUUUGUCUUUAAUUUUACUGAUGGUCAAGCAGAACGGUAGUUUAUUUGUAAAUACACCUCUACUGAAGGAUUUUGUUUUUCACAAUUUCUACAGGGCUCUUCACAGGAUUGUUCCCUUCCUCGUGUGGAAAGUGGUUGGUACUUGCAUCCUUCUGUCUGUAUUUGUCAUUAUUGGACACUUUGACUCCGCAGGCACUGUGAAAAUUCCAGUAUUUUUUUAAAGAUUUUGUGCUGUUUACAAUACCAUUUUUUAGUAGAAUGUGCGCUGUUGAACAAAAGCUCAUUACAUUAUCAAAUGGAUUUUGCUUUUUAACAGUAAUAAAGCAUUUAGUGUCUCCUGAAUUU